AUGUCAUUGCUACCGAUCCCAUAUACAAAACAUGCACGCUUACCUGUUGGUUCUUUCGUGAAAAUCAAAGGGACACCUGCCAUGCCUUUCAGUAUGGACUCACAAAUGCAGGUGGAUUUCCACACUGGAAAUGAAAAUAUCUCAGACAUCGCCUUCCAUUUCCGCGUGUUCUAUGGCCGCCGAGUGGUGAUGAACACCCGUCAGGGUGGGAAAUGGGGUGAAGAAGUGAAAUUGAAUGCUGUGCCCCCAUUUGAGGAUGAACAACCCUUCGACCUGACCAUCUUGGUGCAGUCAGAUGCGUACCAGGUUUCAGUAAAUGGUCGUGAAUAUUACAAAUUUCCCCAUCGCCUUGAGCCAGGAACUGUGAAGAUGAUACAGGUGUGGAGAGAGGUGUCCCUGACCUCAGUGACUGUCGCUUAG